AUGGCGGUGGCGCAGCCAGUGGUGCAAGUUUUGCUAGAAAAGAUAUUUCUAUUCCUCGAGACGGAGGGUGCAUUGGUUGUAGGAGCCCGUGAAGAGUUUAAAGCAAUCAGCGAUGAGUUAGAAAGUAUGAAAUCCUUUCUUAGAGAUGCAGACAGAAGGAGUGAAACAGAAGAAGAAGUUCAAACAUGGGUAGCACAAGUGAGAGAUGCAGCUUACAGUGUUGAAGACAUCAUUGAUGAGUUCAUGUAUCGCGUGGAUCGCCACUUUAGUGGUGGCAACCUAAGUGGAUAUGUCAAUCAAAUUGUGAAAUUCCCAAAGAACGUUUGGGUGAAGCAUCAAAUGGCGUCCAAGUUAGAAGAAAUUAAAGCCAAUAUCACAGGAAUUAAGGAAAGACACCAACGAUACCAUUUUCAUUCCGAAAAGGAAGAAGGGGUAAGGAUGAGACCACAUGGAGAGUCACCACUUUCUGCUGAAGAUGAUGUUGUGGGAAUGGAGGGAUAUGAGAAGACAUUGUUAGAUUGGUUGCUGCAACCAAGACAACGGUCACUACUAUCAGUGUUGGGAAUGGGAGGUUCUGGUAAAACUACAAUUGUGGCCAAGGUUUACAACAACAAAACAGUGAAGAAAUAUUUCCAAUGCUCUGCUUGGGUCACCAUCUCCCAGAAAUUUCAAGUCGAAAAUCUGUUCAAGCGCAUGAUCAAAGAGUUCUACAAGGCAGCCAAGAAUUUGAUUCCAACUGACAUGAAUAAAAUGGACUACGAUGACCUAGUUGAGACAAUUCGAGACUGCUUGCGGCAAAAGAGGUAUUUAAUUGUCCUAGAGGAUGUUUGGAAUCUUGAUCUUGGUCUUUGGAGACGAAUCAAAGCUGCAAUUCUGCCAUUUACAAGUAAUGGAAGUGCGAUAUUGCUUACAACUCGAAAUGAGGAUGUUGCUCGUUUUUCUUUUGGAGUUCCGAAGUGUAUUCUCUGCAUUGAUCCUCUUCCAGAGAAUAAGGCCUGGGACCUGUUCUGUAGAAGGGCAUUCUUAAGUAGACAUUGCCCUCAACAGCUUGAGCCCACAGCUCGAGACCUUGUAAAUGGAUGUAGAGGAUUACCUCUCACAAUUGUGGUUAUGGGUAACCUCUUGUCAUCCAAGGACAAGACAGAGUUAGAAUGGAAGAAAGUUUGUCAGAACCCUAAUUGGGAACUAAGCAACAACCCUAGGUUGGAAUGGUGUAAAGGCAUCUUGUUGCUUAGCUAUCAUGAUUUAACAUACCACCUUAAGCUUUGUUUCCAAUACUGUUGUGUUUUCCCUGAAGAUUACUUGAUUAAAAGAAAGAGGCUUAUUAGGCUAUGGAUAGCAGAAGGGUUUGUGGAAAAGAUUGAAGGCAAGACUCUUGAGGAGGUAGCAGACACUUAUCUUGAGGAGCUUGUUUGUCGAAGCAUGCUUGAAGUUGUAACGAAGAACCAUUUUGGAAGAGCAAAAAGGGUUCGAUUGCACGACCUUUUGCGUGAGGUAGGCCUUUCGAUAUCCAAAAGACAGAAGUUUUGUGUGUUAUGUGACAGGGGAGGAGAAGAUAUGGAUAAAGCACGUCGCUUAGCAAUACACAAAUGUGAUGAAAAGAUUUCACCGCAUUUUGAUAUGUUAAAGCUCCGGUCGCUCUUUGUAUUUGAUACAGAAACAACUAUGUUGAGCCAGUCAUAUGAAUUGCCAAAAAAGUUGAAAUUUCUAAGAGUCUUGGAACUGCAAGGUAUCCCUAUUGCAAUAUUACCAAAUGAAAUAGCUAAAUUGUUCAGUCUAAGGUAUCUGAACUUGAGAGGAACUCGCAUUAAGAAAGCUCCAAAAGCCUUGGGUAAGCUUCGGAACCUACAAACAUUAGAUGUCUGCGAUACAGAGGUGAAGGAACUCCCAAAAAGUGUAGAGCAUUUGCAGAAUUUGCGAAAUCUAAUUAUGUAUCAUUAUGAUCUCAAACAAUCUGAUUUUUUUGAUUUUGUCCAGGGAACAAGGGUUCCAUUUGACAUAAGAAAGCUGGAGAGUUUGCAAGUUCUAGCAUCUAUUGAAGCAGACGACGACAUGAUCAAACAACUUGGAAAUAUGACACAACUUAGAAGGAUUGGCAUUACAAAGGUGAGAAGUACUCAGGUUCAGCAGUUGUGUGUCACAAUAAAAAACCUGCAUCUCCUUCGCAGCCUGUUUUUAAUGGCAAGUGAUGAGCAUGAAGUACUCCAAAUGGAUGACUUAAAGUGCCCUCCUCCCAAUCUGGCAAGGCUCACUCUAGUGGGAAAAUUGAAGUCAGUACCUAGCUGGUUUGGCUCUCUUAAUGAUCUCACCUUUUUGUUCCUGAAAUACUCCCAACUACGGGAGAAUCCCCUGAAUCAAAUUCAUGCUUUGACCAACCUGCGGCGUCUUACUCUUUCAAAUGCAUAUGAGGGGACGCUCUUGCACUUCCAACCCAAGUGGUUCCCUAUGCUCAAGAUGCUAAGAUUGUGGAAUUUGUCACAGUUGAAUGAGGUAAGAAUCGAGAACGGAGCGAUGCCUGAUAUCGAAGAGCUAUGGAUGAGUGGCUGUUGUAAGUUACUGAUGCUACCUCAAGGUAUUGAAUACCUUUGCAAGCUGAAAGAACUAACCUUGGAUGCUAUGCCAGACCAAUUUGUAAACCGGCUGCGUGGUGAAGGUAGUAUUGAUCGUGGAAGGAUUGCCCAUAUUCCUCAGAUCAACCAUUACGACCGAAAAUCUGGGAAAAUGCAUCGUGAAAGUUUAUCAUGA